AUGAAGUUCUCAUCAACCCUUGCAGCCUCCACCGUGGCCUUCCUCCUGCAACUACAGCUCACCAGUGCCAGUUUGACAGACUGCACCAGCGGAUAUGUCUCCGACUAUUCAUAUUUCACCACCUGCUACAACAGCGCUGGGGAUGCGGUCGACUCCGCCAUCAAUCUGGACAAAUGUGUCGCCAACGAUGGCGGCCAACUUACUUGUGCUCACAACGGCUACUUCAGCUCAACUUGCAGCGGGUGUGAGAUUGCUGCCGGAAUCGAAUUUAUGGAAUGCUACUGCGGCGAUGGGCACGGUGGUGAACCUGCCUCGAUCGUAGACCUCGGGGACUGCGUUACCAUCAAGAACGGGAUAUUGACGUGCUAG